ACCUUUUGAUCUCCUUCAAGCUCUCAACCUAGCAGCGACAACCCUCAAUACCUCCGUCCAACUCGGUCCCCCUCUUUCUCAUUUUUAUCUCUUAUAUCUCUCCCCAAACACAAAAUACCCAGUGGGUAUUACCCACUAUUCAUCUUCUCUAUUGGAACCAACAGCGGACAUACAGAGGACUAUUCACAUCUUUCAGCCCUUGACACAGCAAAAACUAGUGGCGGCAACCUUCCCUCCGAUCUCUCCUCAUCUUCUCUCUCUCUCUCAUUUUUCUCUAUUCUUUUCUGCCAUAUUCUUCAUCUUCUUAUCUUUGUUGCAACCACCUCGCCUGUUAUUAUCUCCACCAUUGCAACCGGUACAUUGUUCACUUUCAUCUUCAAACUCUCAGCCGAAAAGAGCAGCAGCGGCAACCUUCCCCCGAUUUCUUCUCCCCUUCUUUCUCAUUCUCAUUUUCUCAUUCUUUUCUAGUUUUAUCCAUCACCAUCUUCUUCCUCUUAUUCUCUUCAUUGCAACUACUUCCCCUGUUCUCCCUUUCACCGCUACAAUAGACCCCCCUGUUCACUGUCACCUCUAUUGUUGCCGAAUCCAAACUUUCCCCUUCCCUCUCUUUCUCCCAUUAUACCUUGUUACUGUAAUUACAGCCAAACCACUACUACAACUCCAAGCAGCCUACAACUCCAAGCAGCAAGCAGUGUUCUCUCAGACUCCCAGCUUUCUCUUCGUCUCUCUCACUUCUCUCGAACCCUCUCUCUCCCACAGCAUCACCUCCACUCUAAUUUCCUUGCAGCUCUAAGCACCGAAGGAUUUUGAGUUGAAAAAAAAGAAGCAUGGAAAUCGAUGCUGUUGCGAAAAAUUUCCAGAGGAAACUAUCCGUCUAUCAGUCUCUGGAUGAGAGAUUCGAGAUUCAGAAGGAGAUGUAUAGAGGGCAGCAGUACAGCCAGAUUUACUUCAUUCGUCUCCACAAGAUGAGAAGUCUCCUUUAUUCCCUCGUUGAGAAAUGGAAGCCCGAUGUACCCGUUUGUACGGUUUUGGGACUUGAAGAAGGAAAAGAAUGCAUCAUUGUUGGAACUUUAUACAAACACAUGAAGCUCAAACCUUCGGUUCUAGACGAGUACUCAAAAGAGAGAUCUGUAGCUCCUCUGGUUAAAUCUCAUAAUUUCAUGCAUCCUGAUGACCAACUUGUUUUGGAAGAUGAGAGUGGUAGGGUCAAGCUUGGUGGAACUUUUCUUGCACCAUCUAUGUUUGUGACAGGACUUGUGGUGGCUUUGCAUGGAAAGGAAACUAGUGCUGGUGACUUUUUGGUUCAAGAUAUUUUAGAACCUGGUCUACCACCACAAAUGCAGCUUCCAUGUGGUUCAGGGGAAGACAAGUAUGUUGUUUUUGUUUCGGGGCUGAGUGUUGGUAGCAAUACUUCUAAUCCUCUCCAACUCCAGCUUCUUAUUGAUCAUAUCACAGGGCAUUUAGGAGAUGAGAAGGAGCAAAGUAUUGCAUCACAAAUAGUUCGUGUGGUUGUUGCUGGGAACUCUGUUGAAAUUACUCUUGGACUUCUUAAUGGACAGGCUUUGGCUUCAAAGGAUCAAUCUAGGUUGUCUGAGCCAAUUAAAGAGCUUGAUAUUUUGUUAACACAGCUUGCCGCAGCUGUAUCUUUGGAUAUCAUGCCAGGGCCUAGUGACCCAGCAAACUUCUCUCUACCUCAACAGCCUUUGCACCGAUGCCUUUUCCCUGGGGCAUCAGCUUAUAAUACUUUCGUUUCAUGUACAAAUCCUCACUCAUUUGAACUUGACAAUGUUAGAUUUCUUGGUACAUCGGGUCAGAACAUAGACGAUCUUGGAAAAUACUCUGAUGCUGAAGAUAGCCUUGAUUUUAUGGAGAGAACAUUAAGGUGGAGGCAUCUAGCACCAACAGCACCUAAUACACUUGGGUGCUAUCCCUUCACUGAUAAGGAUCCUUUCCUCAUAGAGAGCUGUCCUCAUGUUUACUUUGUUGGUAAUCAGAAUAAAUACAAGACCCGCUUGUUAAGAGGAUCAGAGGGACAAUUAGUAAGGCUUAUUUGCAUCCCUAAAUUCUUGGAAACUGGUGUUGCUGUUGUGCUUAACAUGAGGAAUCUUGAGUGCCAUACUCUCAGUUUCUCAACACACUUGGACCCAUAGCAAAUGGGGACUGUUCACAAAGAAGGCAUGUUGGGACUUGAGAUCUGAUGAACAAAGGGAUGCAGGUUUGAUCACAAAUAUGGAAUUUGUUUACCUGCAUAUACGUUCAUUUAAGGGUUGAGGAUACAGUCUCUGAACAAAACUCUCGCAGCAGCCAUGAAGCUCCUCGCUUGGAAUUGUUGGGGUUGCAGUUGUUCCUUGACAAUGAGUAAUUAGAGAUUGAUGCAUAAAAGAUUUGAUACGAUGUUUCUGAUACCAAAAACAACUUAAAGCAAAAAUGCUUUCUUGUUAGAAUUUUUUUUUUUUUGGUGAAGUUACUGCUAGAAGAUUGAGCUUUCAAAAAUAAUCAUGGGGUUUCUGCAAGUGGUCUUCUUAGCAGUCUAUUUAUUUGUUAUAAAGAUCGAGUACUCUGACAUUUUUGUUUGUUUCUAAUCAUAACAUCAUUCAUGAUUUCAUCAGUUUCCAUGGUA